AUGAGGAGCCAGCGGCGGGCAGGGAUGGUGGUGAGCCCUGGCACCGGUGGAGGAGGAGGGGGUGGAGGAGGAGGAGGAGGGAGUGGAGGAGGAGGUGGAGGUGGAGGGGCCUCCCGUUUAGAGCGUCAUGCCACCCAGAACCAGUGCCCUUCAGGUGGCUCCAGCCCGGACAGCGCCCAUCAGACCAAAGCCAUCACAUUAGACAGCUCAGCCUGCAGUAGGAGAGAGCAAGACGGACACGGCCCAGAUGUAAUUCAACAGAUCCAGAGUGAGGAACUGCAGUCUUUCGGGGUUGCAGGUGGAGAAGGGGGUGUUUCCAGCUCCGGAGGGGGUGUGUCAGUCCCCUCAGACAGCCCCGGGGCCCAGAAGAAAGGGGGCGUGGCCAGCAGCAUGAUGGACAGGAUCAAAUCCCCAGGAAUGGUACGGAAAUCCCUAUCCAUGAAGAUGAAGAAACUCCCGGAACUCCGCCGUAAACUCAGCCUGCGCUCCUCGCGCUCCCAUCGCCACGGGAAGGAGGGGACGGACCGAGGAGGAGGGGACGGAGGUGGAGAGGGGACAUCGCCCCCAAACGUCCGUAAGGAGCAGUCCAACGAGGUGAUCAGCAGGUACCACCUGGACACGUCGGCCCCGGCGAGACCACAACGACGCUCCUCCAGGGCACGUUCCUCUGCCGCCAGUAAAGGGGGCUACCUGAGCGACGGAGACUCACCUGAGCUGCUGCCCAAACAGGGCCAGGGUGUACCAGGGGGGCCCUCCUCGGCCCACAACACCCCUCUUCCACCCCCCCACUCCAGCCAGGAGGGAGUGACCAUGACAUCUGACCUGAGCUCGUUCAGAGUCUACAGCUUGUCGGACCAGCCACGGUGCGCCCAACGCGUCUCUGGCCUGCUCACGGUGCAUCUCGUUGGGGUGGACAAACUGCUGAGGUCCCCUAAACAGGACGCCAGUAAGGAGGUGUUCUGUGCCAUCCAGGUGGAUGGUGUAACCAGGGCCCGUACCGGCCUGCUCACCUCCAGGGGGGGCUCUCUGCCCCUCAACCACACCUUUAACCUGGAGCUGGAGAGAGCCAGGCUGUUGAAACUGGUGGUGCUCACCCCUUACCCCGGGGCUGAGACGACCACCACGAAGUGCAGUGACUCCACAGCAGCGACCAGGAACAGGGUCUGCUGUCUGGGGGCUGUGUCCAUACCUCCUCUGUUCAAAGCCUCUCGGUCUCAGCAGAUCUGCGUUAAGUUAGAGCCCAGGGGUCUAUUGUACGUGAAGCUGACCCUGCUGGAGCAGUGGGAGCCCCCCGACCCUCGACCCUGCCACCUCAACCCUCCCAUGGUGUUUGGAGUGGAGCUGCGCCACCUGGUGGACAAGGAGAACACUGCUGCCCCCGUUCCUCUGCUCAUACAGAAGAGUGUGGCUGAGAUCCAGAAGAGAGGACUGAGGGUGGUGGGUCUGUACCGGCUGUGCGGUUCAGCUGCAGUGAAGAAGGAACUGAGAGAUGCGUUUGAGAGGGACAGUGCUGCCGUCAGCCUGAAUGAAGAGGUCUAUCCUGACAUCAACGUCAUCACAGGCAUUCUGAAGGACUACCUACGUGAGCUGCCGUCCUCCCUCAUCACCAGGACCUUGUACGAGGUGGUUUUGGAGGCCAUGUCUCUGAGACCUCCUCCUUCCCGCUCCUCCCCUGGUACCUCCUCUCCUGGCAGGAGCGAGGGAGACGUACAGCGAUCUCAGAGCACCGUGGCCCUGCUGCAAUGUCUGCCUGAACCAGAGAGGGCCACCCUCUCGCUGCUCCUGGACCAUCUGAGCCUUGUUGCCUCCUACAGUGACUGUAACCGGAUGAACUGUCAGAACCUGGCUGUGUGUUUCGGCCCGGUGCUCCUGACCCCCACCCAGGAGUCCUGGCGACCCACUGCACCGGGACAGGGAGGGCAGGUCGGGCACGGAGGGAGCUGUGGAAGGGGCGGACGGAGUUUUGCUCACAGUGAGGAGAUCGCCAGUGCUGUGGACUUCAAGAGACACAUCGAGGCCUUGCAUUACCUGCUGCAGCUUUGGCCCAUUCCUACAGACCGAGUGACAGAUGACCCUGACUCUCCUGCCCUCCUCCAGCCCUCCUCCAGUUCAGACGUGCCUCCUUCCCCUCCCAGCCCCGUGCCCCAUAACCCCCUUUGGCGGCGCUGCCAGCGCGGCCUGUCGCUGCCUCUGGACCUACCAGGGGACGAAGUGGGCGUGGUGUCGCGACGUGGGCGGGGCCGACUGGAGAGCCCGCCGUGUAACCGGUAUGCUGGCGACUGGAGCGUGUGUGGGCGGGACUUUCUGUCCGGAGGAGAUGCGGACUACGAUGAGGUGGCAGGGAGCGACAGUGAGGAAGAGGAGGAAGAGAGGGAGGUGAAGAAGGUGGAGUGGACUCAGUACGUAGAUGACUUAGUUCUGGAUUUUGACGCCCCGUUUACCUGCAGACUGAGUCUCAAAGACUUUGAUACGCUGAUAUCAGACCUGGAGAGAGAGCUGUCCAAUCAGAUCAACAUCUGUCUCUGAGAGGGAGAGGGAG